UCCGCCGCUCCGCUCUCAUGGCAACGGGCGGGGAGCGGGGGUGGCGGCUGGGCCGAGGCAGCGCCGCAGGAUGGAGCCGGCCGGGGCCCCGCCGCAAGGCUGCGCCCCGGCCCGGGAGGCGGAGGAACCCCCGGGGUCCCCGGCCCUCCCCGCGGAGGAGCCGGAGGGUGGCCAGCCCGCCAGGGCGCCCCCGGGGGAAGGGGCGCCGCCGCCGCCCGCCGCCGUCGGGCGGGAGCGGGGCCGCCGCGGUGCCGGCCCGCAGGGCCCGCCCGGUCGGGCGGCGCGGGGCAGGGGGCGGCGGGCCCCGGGCCGGCGCGGAGGGGAAGAGGGGGGCCGCGCCGCCCGGCGGCCCCGCGUCACGGUGGAUAGCUCCAAGGCCAAGACCUCGCUGGAGGCGCUGAAGAUCAGCCUGCGGCAGCUCCGCUGGAGGGAGUUUCCUUUUGGCAGACGCUUGCCAUGCGAUAUCUAUUGGCAUGGGGUAUCAUUUCAUGAUAAUGAUAUAUUCUCAGGUCAAGUCAACAAGUUUCCAGGCAUGACAGAGAUGGUACGUAAAAUUACACUGAGUCGGGCAGUGCGAACAAUGCAAGAUCUAUUUCCUCUUGAAUAUAACUUCUAUCCCCGGUCCUGGAUUCUGCCCGAAGAAUUUUCCCUCUUUGUGGAUGAGGUUCGUAUGAUGAAAGAUGGUGAUCCAUCCUGGAAGCCCACUUUUAUUGUAAAACCUGAUGGAGGGUGCCAGGGGGAUGGAAUCUACCUCAUUAAAGACCCAAGUGACAUCAGACUGACGGGAAGCAUCCAGAGCCGGCCAGCUGUGGUCCAGGAAUAUAUUUGCAAACCACUGCUUGUCGACAAACUGAAAUUUGAUAUUCGUCUUUAUGUCUUACUGAAAUCUUUAGAACCCUUAGAGAUUUAUAUAGCCAAAGAUGGACUUUCUAGAUUUUGUACGGAGCCCUAUCAAGAACCCACUCUAAAAAAUUUGCACCAGGUUUUUAUGCACUUAACCAACUAUUCACUAAAUAUCCAUAGCGGGAAUUUCAUCCAUUCUGACAAUGUAAACACUGGCAGUAAGAGGACUUUUUCAAGCAUUCUGUGCAGACUGUCUUCCAAAGGAGCUGAUGUCAAAAAGCUGUGGUCAGAUAUAAUUUCACUGGUGAUUAAAACAAUUAUUGCACUGACACCAGAACUGAAAGUUUACUAUCAGUCUGACAUACCAGCAGGAAAACCUGGGCCAACUUGCUUCCAGAUUUUAGGGUUUGACAUUCUCCUGAUGAAAAACUUGAAGCCCAUGUUACUAGAAGUAAAUGCGAACCCCAGCAUGAGAAUAGAACAUGAGCAAGAGCUUUCUCCUGGAGUAUUUGAAAAUGUCCCAAGCCCUGUUGACGAAGAAGUGAAAGUAGCGGUUAUCAGAGAUACUCUUCGUCUAGUGGACCCUCAGAAAAAAAAGAGAAAAGAUACUCAGUGUCAGACUUUGGAGCACGUGCCAGAAGCGAGCGAAGAGCUGCUGGGCACAGGACCGGCAGGCAGAGGGGAAGGCGAUACCCCCAGAAGUCCGGAGGCUGGCCUCCCCUCCCUCUGUCUCAAGCAAGUGUUUCCCAAGUACGCCAAGCAAUUUAACUAUCUGCGACUUGUGGACAGAGUGGCUGCGCUGUUUAUCCGAUUUCUUGGUGUAAAAGGGACAACAAAGUUGGGGCCAACAGGUUUCCGAACGUUUAUAAGAAACUGCAAACUGAGUAACAGCAAUUUUUCAAUGGCUUCUGUAGAUAUCUUAUAUAUUGACAUCACAAGAAGGUGGAACAGCAUGGGAAUCGACCACAAAGAAUCAGGAAUGUGUUUGCAAGCCUUUGUCGAAGCUUUCUUCUGCCUGGCUCAGAAAAAAUACAAGUCCCUCCCACUUCACGAGCAAGUGGCAUCGCUGAUCGAUUUUUGUGAGUAUCAUCUGGCUGCCCUGGAUGAAAAGCGCCUGGUUUGUGGCCGCGGGGUCGUGGAGCGCCGAAGUGCAGUAGGUCCUUGUCAGACAGACGGACUUCACCUUACACCAGCGGCACAUACACCCCUCCUGAAUCGCACGGCCGCAGCCAGUAAAUUUGCAGAUUAUAGAAAUCCUCGCUAUUAACGGUGCUAAUUCACCUGGACAGAACUGAGAAUUAAUCCCCAGAUAUGUGCGUGUACUGCAGCAGGAGAGGCAGAGUCUUGAAUUCCUUCAUCUGAUAGCCACAAUUAUUUAUUUCAGCGGUUUUUAUUUAUGUUCUUCAAAAAGUCUACUGCAAGCUCCCAUCCUCAAACGAUGAUCCUGGCAAUGGCUAUUGAUUUGCCUCUCUGUCGGACCUACAGUACACCUCGUGUGACAAACUCUGCUUUCAUCCCGAGCGCACAGAAAAGCACCUGUGAAGACAAGGACCAAAAUACCAUGGGACGAUAACCAGCAUCACGGGAUCAGUGGCACUGAUCGAGGGACACGCUCACAUCGAAGGAAUUGCAUUGCUUCGUAUGCACUGGACGUAUCAUGGAAACUAAGGAGCUGCAGUCCCAAAUCCCAGUUGUGGACUUUGGAAAACUGAAACCUGAAAUUAUGUUUGUGGCCAGACUUCAGGCUUUGACCCUCUUUCGGUGGCCUGGACUGUACGUGUUGGAAUCGAUACAGAUUUGGUCAUUGCUUAUAGUACUUAUUUUUUAAAGUCAGUCUUAAAACACUGAAAUCCUGUUUUGGCUUCUACUUCUUUGUACAUGUCUUUGCUGUGACAAGUACUGUUAAUUUUUUAAAGUAAAACUAAAGGUGUUUAUCCUUUUGCUUCCACAGAAACGAUAAGCUCACACUUAUUCACAGAAAAAAUUUACUUCAUUCAGUCAAAUUUGGUGAAUCAAGUGGUGGUAUUGUCUUCAGGUACCAAGCACUGCUGCUGCAAAAAACUUUAGAGUGUAGAGGCCUAAGAGUUCAUUUAAGUUCCAGUGAAACCAAUCCUGUCACUGACUUUAGGCUAAACUAAUUGUAUUCUAGGUUUGCUUAUUUUUUGCCUUUUGCAUGUUUGUUACCCUGUUUGGACCUGCAGUAACAUCUACAGCAGAGGUUUUUUUUGGUCUUUGCACAUAUUCUUCAUUUUUUCCCUAACAGUAUAGCUCUGUACAAAUUAGAUCUAUAUUAUUUAACAGAAUAUUUUGUCAGGAGUGCUAGGCUGUACCACUGGAGUUGUACAGAGUAGUCUUAUUUUUCAAGAAAUGAACCAUGGCUUCUGUAAUCACGCUCUUGGCGGGGGGGCUAAGCAGAACAUGAGACUGGCUGAAAGGACAUGAAUAACUUGAAACUUCAGGGCUCUUCAGUCAAAUUCUUUUUAGUCUCACCUUUUAUUACAGUACUGUAUGUCUACAUUCGAGCUUGAUUUUCCUCCUUUGUUCUGUUCUUUAAUGCUAAUGGGCUUGCUUAUGUUCUAGUGUCAAAACCCGCACAGCUGUAAGAUGGCGCGACGCCUGGGCAUUUACCUUUGGACUGGAGAAAAUUCCCUGAGCUGGGUGUCAAAAUGUUCCAGUGGUUGGUGUAUCAGAACCGUGACCUCGGAAGCACGCUGUCGGUGCAGAGGGAGUCCACCGGUUCAAUGCCUGGACUAAAUGCACACACAGUAUUGAGUGAGUUUUUACUUCAGGAACAAUGAGAGUUUCUUUCCUGAUGUUCGUUUUAAGCAGCAUGCGUUUUUUUGCAAAGUGGCAAUCAGCAGCAUGGCAAUACAAUGCUGAGCCCACAAAAAACUAAUACCUGGCAUGUGUUACUAUCCGAUGUGGGCGUCCCUUCUCUUGUAACACCAAUAAGAGUAGUAGUAGUAGAUCUUUUUUUAGUUCAAUGGCUGGACUGUUUGAAAUUUUAUGUAUUGUACAUAAGAGGACAAUUGUAGACUAAUGUCACUGCCCUCGGCCUGGUUUAAGUUUCAUAAAGAUUAUUGCAGUAUGAAGAUAAAAUGCCAAACUCCAAGGUCUGGCAUCUGUCAGAACAAAUGAAGCUGAAAGGGUCAUUUUUUUCACACUUUCAUUGUAAUAUAUUUGAAGACAUUCACAAGUUGAAAAAUGGUUACUUCUCAUUUUGUGACAUCUGACAUUUGUCUUGCGAUUGGCAGUGUGUUACUAGAAAAUAGCUUACAGUUUCUCUUAUCAUGUGAUUGAUGUCCUGUAAAGACAGAGUUAUAGAAGAGUAGGAUUUGAAAUGCUACAACUGCGAAUGCCUUUCCUUCCAGCUUUCUAGCAGUACAAUCCAUGGCCUAAAAUACCCAGGUUUUGCUAUUGUAUACGCUACCCUGAUAGCGGUGGAAUAAAUUAACUAUUGUAUAUAAUGAACACUGGUAAGAUCUCUCUCUAUUUUGGAGAUCUUUAUAUUCUCUGGAUGUAGUACAGACUUUUAUAGCCUGUGCAUACGCAGGCUGAUGAAGUACGUCCUGUUUAUCUCCCACUUCAAAUAUGAAGGGUCCCUUGUAGAACAGUCAAAAUAUUCAAUUAUCUGCCUCUAGCAAUCCAGUGUUCAUGUAUUUAUAUAAUUGGAAAAUUGAAUGCCAUAUUAUUCUCAGGGGGAGGAGGGGGAUAAAACAAGAGGGUACUUUAGAGACUUAAUGACAAAGUCAGAUUUCUCUUCCCUCCCAUCUAAUGCCAUUUCCUCUGAGUAUUACUUAGCAUCCAAAGCAAUUUCACAUAGCCUUUAAGUAACCAGUCUGUGUACACGCAAUAAAAUGACCAGAGACACUUUAUUCAGAACAUGAAUGCUAAUACACUGAUAAUCACUUAAUCUCAAGGUACCUUUCUAGCAAAAGAAACAAUACAUGAAAGAUAGUAGGCGCUGGUUUUUUAAUAGUACUUUUCUAUACAUUAUUUUCAGAGAAUAACACAGCACUCGCUAUUCCAUUUAUGAGCAUAUAUGAUGUGAACAUUGCAUGCCAGUGAAGUCUUUCUCCUUACCAGACACACUGGAUCUGGUAUUCCUCACUGGGUAUAAAUCAGAAUAAAACACUUCAACAUCUAAGGAAGAUUUGAGGCAAGUGAGUCCAGAGUUUCAUUCCAGAGAUUCCCCUUCCCUGCAGGUUUGUAUCUCGCCUGACUGUGCCCAAACUCACUCGGUCACUCCUUGUUCAGUUUUGAGAUCUUUCUCUGCAUAAGGCUGUUGUAGGCUGUCACCUGAAACUUGUCUUCUGCCUAGUCUGGUUUGGGCUCUUGAAAGUGAAUUGCCCUGUGCCCAGCGCCCAGCUCGCCCCGUUACAGCCGUAUGCGUUGGGAACGUUAACGUACACCAAGCGGGUUGCUUCGCUUGCCACGCACUUGAGAGACUUUCUUUUAAAACACAGCUGGAGAGGGGGGUACUGGGAUAAUUCCACACUUACUGUUCAGGUGAGACACCCAAGCCCACCUGCUUCAGCACCCAUCUCUCAGCUGGAGCUCGUGUCCGUGCCGUGCAGGUGACUCCUGUUUACUGGCUGCACCCCUCUGGUUGCAUUAGUCUUGCUUCAGCCCAUCAUCAGGAGGUCAAAGCAUCCUCCCCAGAGAUGGGUGACAGCAGUUUAGGAGCCCUUGUGAUGAGGAGGGACCUAGUCCUCCUCCGGCCAGAGCCUCGUGCAGUUCAUCGACAGCAAGGUAGGUGCGUGUCCUCUGGCUGCCCGAGUCGGAAGGAGCUGGAGCCUCUGCGGUGAUUUUGGGGGUUGGCAAGGGCAUUGUUCCUGCACUGCUGGAUGUGGAGCCCUCGAGGAUUCUCCUAAGGCUGUAGGAAGAGCUGCCCAAGGAGGAGCAGCUGCCAGCUGGGUCCUACCUGGAUGAUGCCUCAACUCUGCUCUUGUUUACUAUGGCAUGAGAUAGGAACAACUUUCAUAGUCACUGUCACAGCUCCUUGUUUCUAGCCAGCACCGUGUCUGACCUUAUUCUGAUCUCUGCCUGAUGGACAGUGACAAUCUGCUUCUAAAUAUUACCCUUUUCCCUCUAAUCUGUUUUCUUUUCCAUCAUGCUUUGCUGUGUUUCUUCCUAAUUCCACAGUUUUGCUUCUCAGUUUGCCUAAUAAACUGCUGUGGUCAAUUUGGCUGAAUCCAUUAGUUCAGCUUCCUGCGUUGCUGUACAGCC